AUGAUGACGUUCGCGACACGCGAGUCAACUAGCCGGUACAACGGUGCGGUUACCCCUAUCUCGCCCAGUUCUCAACAGGAGAGCUUUUCCGAGGACAACGAGACUUGGCACGAUGCUCCUGUAUUUACCGGCACCACAAAAUUCACCCCUCUGUCUGAUGUAAAGAACAUCAUGGUUACGGGAGGCGCUGGUUUCAUAGCAUGUUGGGUUGUCAGACACUUGGUAUUGACGUAUCCAGAAGCCUACAAUGUCGUCUCUUUCGACAAACUGGACUACUGCGCAUCACUCAACAACACUAGGGUACUAGAACAUGAGCCGAACUUUUCCUUUUACAAAGGCGACAUCACGAACCCUUCCGAGGUUAUGGACUGUCUGAAGCGGUAUAAUAUCGACACCAUCUUUCACUUUGCCGCUCAAUCACAUGUCGAUCUGAGUUUUGGAGAUCCGUUUGGUUUCACUCAUACCAAUGUUUACGGCACCCAUGUUCUGCUCGAGAGUGCCAGGAAAGUGGGCAUCAACCGCUUCAUCCACGUGUCUACCGAUGAGGUGUAUGGCGAGGUGAAGGAUGACGAAGAUGAUCUUCUGGAGACGAGCAUUCUGGCACCCACCAACCCCUAUGCGGCCAGUAAAGCUGCUGCCGAGAUGUUGGUGAACUCUUACAAGAAGAGCUUCAAACUACCCGUAAUUAUAGUGAGGAGCAACAAUGUCUAUGGCCCUCAUCAGUACCCAGAAAAAAUCAUUCCAAAAUUUACCUGCUUACUCGCCCGUGGGAAGCCCGUCGUCCUUCACGGAGACGGUUCACCCACUCGCCGAUAUCUCUAUGCAUCCGAUGCCGCCGACGCCUUCGAUACCAUCUUGCACAGAGGCCAGCUUGGAGAGAUCUACAAUGUUGGUUCUUACGAUGAGAUCAGCAACCUGUCGCUUUGUCACAAACUCCUAAGUGAGAUGGAGAUUAUCUCCCCUCGGUCUCCUUCAUCAUCCCCUCCUUGCAAUUACACCACAUCACCGGCCUCGUCACCUCUUGUGGCAGAACAAGAAGAGUUUUACCGAUGGGUGAAGUACACUCACGAUCGCCCUUUCAACGAUCAUCGAUAUGCCGUUGACGGCACGAAACUGCGAAAACUUGGUUGGGAGCCAAAGAAGAGCUUCGAGGAAGGACUCAGAAUCACCGUGGACUGGUACAGACGGUUUGGAGAGAGGUGGUGGGGCGAUAUCACCAACGUAUUGACGCCUUUCCCAAUUACAGCUGGGAGCGGAGAUGAGGUGGACGGGGGAAAAGUGGAGGUGUGUGACGAGGCCGUCACUCCGGAAUUUAUGGGAGAGAAGACGACGGUUUCGUUGUUAUCUGACACAUCGAAGGAGACACUGUGUUCGAACAGGUCAGGGCGCCAAAAUCAACAAAAUUACCACGAAAAAAGUUACCAAUGCAGCGCGAGGGUAAUGUCGCCAAACCGCACGAACUACGGGCCUAGUAGGAUACCAAGAAGCCGCGCCCUGCGUUCUCCGUGCUCAAGAGAUCCCGCUACCAGCAUCGGACUAGCAAGUCCAGGGAUCACAUUAGAUGACGGCGACGGUUUCGACAUUGAGGAUACAGAUGAUCGACCAACGACCGAUUAUGACGAGCCGCGAUCAUGCGACGAAAUACGGUCACGAAGAAGUAAGCGCAGACUUUCGACCAUCGGAGAUGAUAUCACCAACCACAACGGCUUCAACAAGAAGGCCCGGGGAAUUAUUGCUUAG